AACGACAUAGCCACGCAAACGAUUCGUCGUCUUAUUGCUGCUUCGCUCGCACGUACGAAAUUGGAAGUGCCAUACCAUCUCUGUGUUUCUCUCAGAGGCGGUGUUUUGCUGAAUUAAUCCACUCAAAUAACAUUGGGAUCCGUACUCUCUUUGGCUCUUUGGAUUUCGCUGGUGGUGGUUGAAGCCAAGCUCGAAUAUUGAAGAGAGAGAGAGAGAGGGAAAAGAGAUGGUUCUAUCGCAGAAGCUUCACGAAGCCUUCAAAGGAACCGUGGAGAGGAUCACGGGACCUCGCACUGUCUCCGCUUUCAAAGAGAAAGGCGUUCUCAGCGUCACCGAAUUCGUUGUCGCCGGUGACAACCUCGUCUCCAAGUGCCCUACUUGGUCUUGGGAAUCAGGUGACCCAAGCAAGCGGAAACCGUAUUUACCACCUGAAAAGCAGUACUUGAUUACUAGAAAUGUUCCUUGUUUAAGGAGAGCUGCAUCUGUAGAAGAGGAGUAUGAAGCUGCAGGUGGGGAAGUUCUUCUUGAUAACGAAGAUAAUGAUGGCUGGUUAGCUACCCAUGGAAAGCCAAAUGAUAAAAAUGCUGAGGAGGAAAACUUGCCCUCCAUGGAAUCCUUAGAAAUCAGCACGAACAAGGCUGUAAAAUCAAUCCCCUCAUAUUUUGGUGGGGAAGAUGAAGAAGAUAUUCCUGACAUGGCGGAUUUUGAAGAACCUGACAAUAUCGAGGAUGAUCCUGCGACCCUGCAAUCUACAUAUAUUGUGGCUCAUGAACCUGAUGAUGACAAUAUUUUACGUACCCGAACUUAUGAUGUCAGUAUCACGUAUGAUAAAUAUUAUCAAACUCCACGGGUGUGGCUUACUGGGUAUGAUGAGUCAAGGAUGCUUCUACAACCAGAGCUUGUGCUUGAAGAUGUUAGUCAAGAUCAUGCACGCAAAACUGUAACCAUUGAGGAUCAUCCCCACAUGCCUGGCAAGCAUGCAUCUGUACAUCCAUGUAGACAUGGGGCUGUGAUGAAAAAAAUCAUUGAUGUACUAAUGUCCCGUGGAGUUGAACCAGAAGUUGAUAAGUACCUCUUCUUGUUCUUGAAGUUUGUUGCCUCUGUAAUUCCAACUAUUGAAUAUGAUUAUACUAUGGAUUUUGAUCUUGGCAGCUCUAGCAGUUGAACCAAGGGAUAGGUAACAUGCGGAUUAAGAAUGUUUAAAUUGCAAUAUCGAGGAUGGUAUAUUGGACUUUAGUCUAGAUGAUGAUGUAACCAUGGCCUUGCUCGUAAUUAUUUCCUUGUCACUGAUGUUUCCUAUAUAUAAAUUGUGCAUAGUAUUUUUCCAAAAACAUACCGAGUAAAUAUGUGAGCUUGUUGAUAUGUGCGUCAUCUCAAACGUUGUCAUAUUUCAUAGCGUAUGAAGUUUGAACAAACCCUCAAAAUUGGUACCAAUUAAGUAAAGAGAUCAACCUAUUAAUAUGCUUUU